AUGGUCAAUGGCCACAUUCUUGACCCUGCGGGCCAGGAAAAGCAAUCAACUCCAACGCGUUUGUUGCCUGGAGAUGCUGGAAUUGAAGCAGACGAAUUACGAUUAGAACCGGCAGCUUGUGUCAUUGGGGAAAGCAUGCCAGCCGAGAGGUACAACAAACAGCCCGUUUCCGAAAGCUAUGUGGUUAUUAGCCAGGAGAAAAACAGGGCUGCAGCUCAUGACGACGAAGGCGGGCUACAGCGUCGUGACGCGGAGAGCCUGUCAGCAUCCCCAAAACUUCGUCAAAAUGGAAUAUUGGCGCGUUCAAGCUCACCCGCUUUACAAGGCAGUGAGAAGCAGUCGCCAUGCAGCCCAACAAAGGAAGUUACAGGAUUUUGUCCAGUGUUGGAUCAGGCCCCAGUGUUGGCACAGCCGUCGGUCGUCAUCUCCAACUUUCGUCCCCAAGAGCGAGGAACGAAGGACUCUGUCUCAAUAACACGUAUGGCCUCUCCGAACAGAAAGCGAGACCGUGAUGAGUACAUAUCGGAUGACAGCAGCGAUGACCCUGAUGGCCCCGACGAUGCGGACUACGUGGGCGAAAGUGGUGAAGAUGCACAUGGAAACAGCAUUCCUUCUCAUCGACUAAAAAGAGCAAGGCGUGCUGCCGUGCAGCUUAAGCCUAGACCUCCACGGCAGAACACUAAACGCCUCUCGGUCGACGAGGCAGUUCAACCCAAAGUGGCCGCAGAUCAGACUUCCCCAACAAGCUUGCACGAUAUCGAAACGAUUCAUAUCCGAGGUUUCCUUACGCGAUAG